AUGUCCGCCAUGUGGGAGUGGCAAGAUGCCAGCUGGCAUCGCCUCAACAGCAAAGAUGCUGGGGCCCUGGAAGCUGCCUACCUGCAGGAUCCACUGGGCUGCUGCCCGGUGGCCUUGGGCCCUAAUGAGUCCUGCUAUGAGGUGGACUUUGCCAGCAUGAAGCAGCGCAGCCGCGGGUCCGGGCGCGUGCGAAACCUGCGGCGCAAGGCUCCGCUGCAAGAGGUGGUCUUGCAGGUCCACGCGCAGGCGUCCGCGGACUGGCAAGAAGAGUUGCAUGAGGUGCUGAAUCGGGCAGAGGCCCUCGCCGAGGAGGCCAAGGUUUGUUCAGAGAUAGAGCCGCCUGUGGCAGAGGCGCUUCCCAGCGUCGACUUUGGAUCCCUCCAGUCCUUGCAGAGGUCCCUUGACCUGGGCCGGGUGGUGCUGCUGCGAGGCGCCUGGUUGGUUUGUCACACCGACUGUCUACAGUCGGUACCCACCUCUUUGCCCGCUGAGGCCCUGUGGGAAGGACCUUUGGUGGCGGCGCCGGCACCUGCCCCCUUGGUGCUCUCCCUGGGCACAAACGUGCUGGACGCAGGGGAGCUCCAAGUGCUUGCAGAACUGGUGUCGAACCAAGCUAGUCAAGGCAUUUUCUUAGAUUGUUGCAGCUUGGCUGAUCCCAGCGAAGGUCAGCGAGACCUGUGUGAGUGGUUCGCCUCACCCUUCACCACGAAGUGCUUCGCCCGCAGUGCAGCGGUCGACGACGCUUCGAUCAGCCGUUGUGGCCUGCGCUGCUUCCAGCAGCAGCUGGGCUGCCUUGGCGCCGGCGCCGAGGUCUACGAGGUGCUGGGCUUGAACAGCGAGUCGGCCGAGUCGGUUCCCGCCCUGCAAGAAGUGGCCCCCAGCGUCCAGGUCACCCCUGAGGCUUUUGACAUCAUGAUGAAAUCGAUGGACUUCCAAAGAGCAGAAGACUUGGAGAUCUUCAAGGCCAACAGCUCGGUGGUGGAAGAUGUCAUAUGA